AUGUCAUGUGACAACAAUCCUACAAAAACUUUUGUUGGCUACUCAACAAGAUCAACAUUAUUAUUGAAUUCAUUACAUUUUAAUCAAAAUCAUUUCAAAAAAACACAAAAAUUUAAUAUUGAAUUAUGUCAUCAUUUAACAUUGAAUACAUUAUCCCAUCAUUUAAAUAUUGAAUUAUUAUCCAUUACAGAGGUAUAUAAAUAUAUACCCAAAAUAAGUAUUAUCAUUAUUGCAUAUAAUGAAAAUUCAAUCAUUAUAAAAAAUACAUUACAAAGUAUAUUAAUGAAUACAUCAUUAUUAUUAAUUAAUAAUAAUAUAAAAGAGAUUAUAUUAAUUGAUGAUUAUAGUAAUCCACCUAUAGAUGAUGAUCAAAUUAGAACAUUAAGCAAAAUUAUACGUGUAAUACGAAAUGAAAAUCGAGUGGGUUUAAUUAAAUCACGUAUGAAUGGUGCACGGAAUGCUACUGGUGAGAUACUAGUAUUUCUUGAUGCCCAUGUUGAAACAUUGGAAUAUUGGUUAGAACCGUUAGUUGUCCAACUGAUAAGCUUAAGAAAACAACACCAACAAGAAAAAAAAGGACAACUAAAUCUACCGAGUCAACAGGAUGAGAAAAGAACUUCAAAAUUACCAUAUGAUGUAAGACAUUUUAUUGUCAGUCCACUUAUCCUGUCAACACUAGACAAAUCAGAUUAUGAUAAUAUUGAAGAUAAUUUAUAUUUAGGAGGUUUCACAUGGGAUUUAAUAUUUCGAUGGCAUCAUAUUCAUGAAAAUGUAACACCAUUAUCAAUCAAGUUUAAUAAAACUGAUGCAUAUCAUUUAAUUUAUCCAAUUAAAACACCAGCAUUAGCUGGUGGUUUAUUUGCUGUAUGGAAAGAUGAUUUUUUUAAUUAUGGUGGAUAUGAUGAAGAAAUGAAUAUAUGGGGUGGUGAAAACAUUGAAUUAUCACUUAGAACAUGGAUGUGUCAUGGACAAAUUGAAAUCAUUCCAUGUAGUCGUGUUGGUCAUAUAUUUCAUAAUAAACAUCCAUAUACAUUUCCUAUGGGUAAAGAAUUUACUAUUCUACGUAAUCAUAAACGUACUGUAUUAGUAUGGUUUCAACAUGAUACUAAUUUAACAUUAGCUAGAGAAUAUCUUUCUUAUUAUUAUACAGUAUCACCAAUGUCUAAAAUAAUACCAGCUGGUGAUUUAAAAUUACGUAGAACUAUUCCUAAUUCAUUAAAUUGUCAUACAUUCACAUGGUAUUUACAGAAUAUUUAUCCUUUACUUAAACAAGAAGCUAAAAAUAUUGAAAUCAAUGAUGAUACUUAUUAUUUAACUGCUUUUGAUAGUUUAUAA